GUGGGGCCCACAUGUUGCAUUUUUAGUUUUUGAUAUUUCGCGACAACUUCAAGUUUUCUUUUCGAUCAACCUGCCUGUUCAUUACUUCCGGCACGCAAACCUCGAGCCUCUGCCGACUUUCACGACACAAAAAUGCCUCCCAAGUUCGAUCCCAAUGAGGUCAAGGUGAUCCACCUCCGCGCCACUGGUGGUGAGGUCGGUGCCUCCUCUGCUCUCGCGCCUAAGAUCGGUCCUCUUGGUCUGUCCCCCAAGAAGGUCGGAGAAGACAUUGCCAAGGCCACUGGCGACUGGAAAGGCUUGCGCGUGACUGUCAAGCUCACCAUCCAGAACCGUCAGGCCGCCGUGUCGGUUGUGCCCACCGCUUCCUCCUUGAUCAUCAAGGCUCUCAAGGAGCCUCCUCGUGAUCGCAAGAAGGAGAAGAACAUCAAGCACAACAAGUCUGUCAGCCUUGACGAGAUCAUCGAGAUCGCCCGCACCAUGCGAUACAAGUCUUUCGCCAAGGAGCUCUCUGGUACUGUCAAGGAGAUUCUCGGAACCGCCUACAGUGUUGGCUGCCAGGUCGACGGCAAGCCUCCCCAGGCUAUCAUCGAGGCUAUUGACAGCGGAGACAUCGACAUCCCUGAGGAGUAAAUGUUUCCCACGCCCUGUUCAAAAAUCCCACCAGUAUGAGAAACCAAAAAUAGACUCAUUGAUCGAUGGCAGCAUGACAAAUUAUUUCCGUCCAGUCCUUGUGAUAUGCUUCGAAAUUGUGAAUCCUUGACUCACUCUGAAAUCUACCAUCAUGCUCCGCGGUUUAUUUCUAUUUUUGUGCAAGGCAGAGGAACCUAGGCCUAAUACUCAUCGCGACAUACUGGCGAUAAAGCUCUGGUGGAUGUUGCGGUCCAUCAUCAUGGCCACAUGAUGCACAAAUUUCGGAUCAAAAUCCCUUCCUUUUUUUUCGAGAAUAUCUCCUUGCCACUAUAGUAGACUGCACAGGCUCUCCCUCACCGUGUUUCCUUAAAUAAGCAGACCAAGACAUCGAGAAAUAUACCAUCUAAGCGAAUCGCAAAGAAUUUGAAUCGAGUCAGACUUGUAGUA